CAGCAUGAUUCAGUAUAGGAGAAAUGAAUGGGGAGGGGUCUUACAGCCCCGCCCACGCAGAGAGACAAGUCAAUUAUUGGUUUCAGAAUGGCAUUACUUCCUGGUGACACAUCUCCGUAACACACCAGGGCCAAAUCCCACAUGAUAGCAGCCGUUUACUCAACUGAAUGACAGAAAAUGAAGAAAUUACGCAGGGAACCACAUGAAUUAGAGACAUGAUCACGCGAGAUACAGACGCCACCAUCCACAUUACAUACAGUAAAUCCCUCUAAGACAACAUUUUAGCUUGAGACGUGUUGUUAAUGACAACAAAUACACUUGCAAGAACAGUGACAGCAACUCAUAUGAAGGUUCCGAGUGUUUACACAAAAACGACAACGUGAAUUUAGAGGACAAACUAACUUAGCAUUUGUUCCAAUUCUUAUACGUUACAUAAAAAUAAAAAAGUCAAUCCAUCCCCAUUUCGGUGAUACUGGUUAUCCAAUGCAAAUGCAACAGGAAGUAAAUAACUAUUUCACAGUGUUUUUAUUCUAUAGAACGGUGUAAAAUAAAACAGAAUGCCGUAUCAUCAUCCUAACAGAAACAGAACAGAAAACGUUGAAGGUGCACUGGUGAGAGGGUUCUAGCAAUACGUACAAUGCCGCAUUGACGUUCGCCAUGAUAUUGUCUGGCUCGCUGCCAGUCGCUCAACUUUUCAUAUUAUCAUUAUAACAAUAAAGCAAGGGCACAAAUAUUUAUUCUAAAUCGUUCACUUACUGAUUUUCUAUGUUCAAUUGAUGAUAACGCCGGGAGAACGGUGAUACAACUCUGACAGCCAGGAGAACCAGGAAGCAAAGAUUAGUUGACUGACAUAUGGGUAGACCAAUGGGAUUACACAAUUAUCCAAUCAGGUUGGAGAGGGCGUUGCUAUAAUAAUGAGGUAAGUGAAGGGCAGAAAUGCACAACGUUUCCUCAGGAAUCCCCAUCCUCAAUAGUGCGGGGUCACUAUGGUGCCACAAGUGUCACCAGCCCUAGUCAUUAUUUUACAUGAUUGUUGUUUAGUAUCUUCGUACAUACCUCUAUAUUUGGCGUAGGCUGCUGUAAAAUGCAACUAUGCAUAUCAUUAAGUUAGUUGUGAAUUGAGGUGAGAUUGUUAUUUGUUUUUUGCAAUGCUUUCAUCAGGCAUUUCGCCAACCCACCACCAUGUGUAUUAUUAUGUGAUGUUUUUUUUAAUCAUUCUUGUAUGAUGAUGUCAAAAAAAAUAAACAUUCUAUUCUAUUAGAUUCUGUACGCUAUCGUGUGUUUACAGAAGUAUCUGAAACAUCCAUCCUUGGAAGGGAUUGGUGCGCGUAAUGCUCGAUGACGUCCAGUGUCUUUGGCACGUGGGCAGUGGUAUUCCGACUCCGAGCCACAUAAACAAAGGCACAUUGUCAGUGUUAACCGCGGCCAGUCUAGUAGCCAGUUGGGGAUGUGCAUGGCCAUCUGCCCCGUUCUCUUCACAAUACUACAUUUGCACUUGGAUAUGGAUACAGCGGAGAAGAUGUAAUCCUCUAAAUCAGGGAGCAACAUCGAGUGGAUAUUAUCAUAACUCCAGGAAGUGAUUCGGGCAUUGUGUCUUUGAAAAUAGUCAUACAACUGAAGCAGCUAUGCCGUGCGUCCAGGCUCAGUGCGGAUCGUCGCCUCAAGGAGCUAGUCCCGCUUCGCAACAGAGCGCAAGCAGCUUCCACGCCGCUGGAGAGCACCACAGCCACAACUGCGACUUCCUAACGCCCGAGUUUGUCAAGUUUAGCAUGGACCUGACCAACACAGAAAUCACAUCAGCCACUAUCACCAAUCUUCCAAAUGUCGGUGUUUUCGUGGACAGCUACUGUAACAAUUCGAACUAUGACGUCAAACCCCCUUGUCUAUUCCAAAUGCCCCAUCCGGGGGAGCAGUCAUCCAUCAAAGUUGAGGACAUCCCCAUGUACCACCAGCAGAGUCACCACCACCAGCCGCAUCAGUCCGAUGAGAUGGUCACUCCCUCCGGGUCCGUUUACUACAAGCCCCCUUCUCCACACACACAGACAUUCCAGAGUCCACCCAGCCAUGCGUGGGAUGAUUCUGGAUCUCUCUACAGUUUUCACCAGGACUACUUGGCGGUGGCGCACAGAAUGGAGCAGCGGAAAAAUGCCAUAUCCAGAUUAUCCUUGUUUUCUCUCAAGCAUUCCCAAACCGGUAGUCCUUUGUCGACGUGCCAGAUGAGAUUUGACGGGUCCCUCCAGGUGUCCGUGAACUCGGAUACCUCAGGCAGGUAUUAUGGCUUGGAGAGCCAGGGCAUCUUUGGUUCCAGCUCCCUAAGGAAACAGCACAGGGUGGGUUCCCCCUAUUCGUUCCAGCUCGGUCACGGACAUCACUUUAUGGAUAACCAAGCACCGUCGCCUCCUAGCCAAGGAUCACCCACCAACACCGAUGCUUUAUGUGCCGUGUGUGGGGACAAUGCCGCCUGUCAGCACUACGGCGUGCGAACCUGCGAGGGCUGUAAGGGAUUCUUCAAGCGCACUGUUCAGAAAAAUGCCAAAUAUGUGUGUUUAGCUGGGAAAAACUGUGCAGUUGACAAACGCCGGAGAAACAGGUGCCAAUACUGCCGUUUCCAGAAGUGCCUUGUCACGGGAAUGGUCAAAGAAGUCGUCAGGACUGCAAGUUUAAAGGGUCGACGUGGCCGGUUACCCUCCAAACAUAAAAUUCAAGACCCUUUGUCACCUGUCAGCAUCCUUAACGCGCUAGUGAGGGCCCAUGUGGACUCCAACCCCUCAUUGUCUCGACUGGACUACUCCCGAUUCCAGAAUAAUGCUGACAGCCAAAUCGACGGAGAUGAUACGCAACAUGUGCAGCAGUUCUACGACGUCCUAACCGUCUCCAUGGAUAUUAUCCGGGACUGGGCGCAAAAGAUCCCAGGUUUUACCGAUCUGCCGAGACCGGACCAAGAUCUCCUCUUCGAAUCAGCCUUCCUGGAACUCUUCGUUCUGCGUUUGGCUUACAGGUCCAACCCUGAGGAAGGGAAGCUCAUCUUCUGCAACGGAUUGGUUUUGCACAGGCUUCAGUGUAGGCGCGGCUUUGGAGACUGGAUUGACACCAUAGUGGAGUUCUCUGCAAACCUUCAAAGUAUGAAUAUAGACGUAGCAACAUUCUCCUGCAUAUGCGCCCUUGCCACAGUAACAGAGAGACAUGGGCUGAAGGAGCCCAGGAAAGUAGAGGAACUUCAGAACAAGAUGGUGAACUGUUUGAAAGACAAAGUGACUUUUAACGAUGGAAGUGUCAGUCGACCAAAUCACUUGACAAAACUCUUGGGAAAGCUGCCUGAACUUCGCACGCUGUGUACACAAGGUCUGCAGAGGAUAUUCUACUUGAAACUGGAAGACUUGGUCCCUCCACCUGCAAUAAUAGACAAGCUUUUCCUUGAUACUUUGCCCUUUUAGGUGACAUAUCCUGUCAUCAUGUCAGAUAGGCGAGGUUAAUAUGGCCAUUUUUUAGUUCCCUAUAUCACGCAUUAUGCAUUUUCUCUCAUAUUUAUUUCCAUUGUUUUUGUACCUCUCUUCAUAAGAGCGCUUGAUCAUGUUUAUAGGCCUACAUGUCUGCAUUGCCAGAUAAAAAAAGAGACAACACGACAUUUAAGAUGUUUUUAAUUUAAAGAGAAUGAAGAGUUAGACAAUAGUACAAUAUCGUCGAUUUCUGAAGAACAUGGAUGUCUUGAACUAUUUGGUUUUGCUUUGAGUUGUGAGUAUUUUAAUUUGAUAAACUAACCAUUUUCGAUAACUAUGUUGUUGUAUGUAGACACUGGAUAAUGUAUAUGGAACAUAUAUGCCUCGAACGUAUACAGAUUUAUUUUUUAUCAAAUCAUUUAUGGAAGAUGUUUUAUGUAGGCUAUGUCUUGUCUUGUCACACCUGGACUGUGGUUAUAUUGCAUUUGAAUUAAUAACGUAUACUGCUAAAUAAUCUAACGUUUGUAAAUGUGUUCGUUAUUUUGAUUGGUCAGGGGCUUACAAUGUCAGGUUUUUCCAUUCAAAAUAAAAUUCAUGCCGUUUAUUACA